AUGGGAGUAAACCUAGACAGAAAAUCGGGAGAUGGAGCCCCGAAGGCGGUUUGGCAACACACCGUCACUCCGGCAACUCCUGCGACGCUGUUGGUGCCCAAGCUGUAUCGAUACUCGUCGUUCCCUUGGAUCUGCCAGCUAUGUCGAAGGAAACGGGCACCAGGGGCCAUCUCUGAUGGUGGGAGGGACCAUUGCAGUCCCACUAAACAGCUACCACCCGCCUCAAGCUGGGCAGCCCCUAGCCACUUAGGCAACAAGUAUAAAAGAAAAUCUUCGGAGAUCCCAUGUCUUCGCUUCGCUACCUGGAAUGUCAGGACCAUGUAUCCUGGCCUCUCCUCCGACAUCCAACAGGAUGCCAGGAAAACAGCCGUCAGUGACAGAGAGCUAUCUCGGCUAAGUGUAGACAUUGCAUGCUUGCAGGAGACGAGUCUUGCAGACAGUCGCACCCUCAGAGAAGAGAGCUACACCUUCUUCUGGAAAAGUAAACCCCCUGAAGAACCCCGCCAGCAUGAUGUCGAGGCCCCUACAGCAGGCACAGAGAGAAUUCUGACCCUCCGCCUGUCCACGUCUUCCGGCUCAGCCACCAUCAUCAGUGUGUAUGCGCCCACGCUGUACUCUACCCAUGAGGAUAAGGACCAGUUCUAUGGUGCCCUGGAUGAUGUCAUAUCCCGAACCCCCAGCACUGACGCGCUUUACCUCCUUGGCGACUUCAACGCCAGAGUGGGAGCAGACCACGAGGCCUGGCCCUCCUGUCUCGGUGCCUACGGAUGUGGAAAAAUGAACGACAAUGGCCAGUGUCUGCUAGAGCUGUGCUCCUACCUCGGCCUGUGCGUCAUUAAUACCUUCUUUCUGUGCAAAGAAAUCCAUCAGGUCUCCUGGAGACAUCCUCGUUCACGCCACUGGCACCAGCUCGACUUGGUCCUGAUCAGACGCAAGGACUUUGCCAGCGUCUCCUCACCCACACCUACCACAGUGCUGACUACGACACUGACCAUUCCCUCGUCGCCACAAGGGAGACGUCUGAAGACGAUACCACAGACCUCAUUUGGUCCCACCUGCGGGACUCAAUCUACAGUGCAGCCAUCUCCGCUUACAGGAAGAAGGAACACAGAACGCUGA